AUGUUCGAUUCAGAGAAACCGCAUCCCAUCCUCGCCCAGAUCCCACUGACGGUCUCGCCGUUCAUCUCGCUGCCCACGGCGACGACGCUGCCAUACACAUACAAGUCGAUACCUUCAUCCCUGCCGCCGUCCGUCACCGUCGACGCCAGCAGCUCAGAGAAGCCGAAAUACGUCAUCUCGUCCAGUGGCCAUGCUGCUCACCCCGCAGACAUACUCGCAACCUGCCAGGCCCUGGCUGAUCAUAUGAAAACGAGACAGGCAGAGGGAGACGCCGCCAUCAAGGAGUGGGAAGAGUCCAUCAAGCAGCGAGAGCUGGCCGAGAAGCGUCGGGUUGCUCCUGGCUGGCUAGACAGGGAGGAGAAGCUGCUACAGCCAACUCACGCCGCUGGACACGCUUCAGCCGGAGCACAUCAGAGUCUCCUAGACAGGCCGUUGAUGGAGCAGGCAGACAAGGACACCGCAUCGGCAAUGGAACCCAGGAGCGAGGGUGUAGAGCUUGAUCGUGCAUUUGGUGGCCUGGGGUUAAAACGGUGA